GGACCGGAGAAAGGGCCUCAUCUGGGCGGCCCUCUCGUUUUUUCCUACGGCUUUAAGGUUUUGAGGCUUCUUCUCCAGUCGACCUUGACGAGUAUAAUAAGGUAGCGGCAGUCGGCACCUUGGGGCGGUUGGAAGUGAGGAACAGACACGGCAAGGACUCAUCCUCAAGAGACUGAGUGAAUUUUGCAGUGCAAUAUCGCGAACAAGAAAAAAAAGGGAAGAAAAAGCCCGGCGCAACAACCAUCGCUCCUCAAUUAUACCGACAGGUAUGUCCUAUUAAAUCAUGAAGCGCAUAUUUCGCAAGGUGAUUGACAGCAAUGACAGGGGUUCUGGUGUUACGCUGGCAGGUUAGCCCCUCCGUCACCAGCCAGAGAGGCCGCAUUUUCGCGCCAGAGGCCAUCAAGGUUCUCACGCCGCACCGCACCUGCUCAUCGCGCGCCUGCAACACCGCCUUCCCACAACGUGGGUAGGAACUUCCUACCGUUGCGGGUUGCCCUUGGUCCCUGGGAGUCCUGAGAAGAGGAACCAGUGGUGCCCAGUCCAAUCCAAUUCUUCAAUUCUCGACUUCUUGCCCCUCCAGCCUUGUCAACGGUUUGACUCGCCUGGUCACGCCUCGCCUCGCCUCGCUUCGUACCAACCUUGAAGCUUUCAUCCCACUUUCAUAUUACCCUUCUACCCAAGGCUUGGUUCUGUUUCGUCAGGGCAUUCAUUACUGGACCUUCCUCCACAACGUUAUUCCGUUACUACUACAUCUACCCUCCCCGACUCUGACACCUGGAGGAAUUCUCCGUCCCCAGGGUCUCAGUUUUGCGGCUCUUUUCUUCCCACCUUCUCCAAGAACCCUCCGACCUCCAGUGGUCCAAGCUGCCGGUCGAUCGACAGUCUCCGUGGGACCUCUCCCGAGCCGCAUGGAAGAUUCAGAAAUCCUCAACAUCGUCAUAUCAGAGUUAUGGACGGCCAGCACGACGGCUUACCGUCCUUCGGUGGCCACGGCUCCGGCUUCUUUCUCGACCCCUUAGACGUGGAACAUCUUAACGACCAUUUUACCGGUGGUGUCACUUUGCCAGUAUCGCACGAUGAGUCCUGUAUGGAUUUGAACUUCGACCAUAUUGCCUGCAGAGGCCCGGAUAGCAACAACCAGCACCACCCUGUACCCAACCACAACCACCCUCUCACCCUGAAUACCAUGCCGAUGCAUGCCCGAAGACACCACAGCCUAUCCACGAUGCCGACACUACCCAACUACUUCGAUCCCAGAGGCCAGGUGCCCUUGGGCUUCGGCUCGAAUGCCAUCAUGUCACCAACGGGGGCCAUAGGCUUUGGCGUCUCGACCCCCAACUCGAGCCCUCAGCUCGAGGAUGAUAGUACCUCCGCGGCUUGCAGCAGCUUGGACUGCAAUCGAUGUGUUAGCGAGUGUGGCGCUAGUGAAGCUGGCGAUAUUUGCACCGAUGCAGAGUGCGCUCAAGCUUGCGACGAUGACGACUGCGACGAAGCUGCUGCGCUUUGUACAGACGCAGAGUGUCCAGCCAACGACAUCAUCUCUGAUAAGGACAAAGCUGCUGCCGAUGUGUUGGCGUCUAUUGGGGACGCUUUCAGCCAGGAUGGCAUGCUACCUCCGUCAAUGUCUUCGAUGCCGUCGAUGUCUUCUCAAUAUUACGCAACCCAAGGCUCCUAUCAAAAUGGAGGAAUCCAAGCAGCAACUCCAAGCCAUUUCCACGCCGGCGGGAUGACCAUGUCGAUGGCUCAUUCGAUGAAUAUGGGCAACUCUUUUCAGAAUAAUCCCGACCUCUUUCAGACUGCCCUCGAUUCUGUAAUGGACUUUCAGGAUCCUAGCAUGCCUGAGCCCAUAGGAUGGAUGGCACUUGGCUUGCAUCUUAACGAUCAUGCACACGCUCAGACAACCUGUAUACGGCCUUGUAUGACAGAGAACCGGAAUUUGCCGACUAGGUGCCCGCUUCCUCACCAAGCGCAUGCUCAUCAAGGUGAACUUGAUUUCUCCUUUUGCAUUCCCGACCCCAGCUCAGGGUUUGUACCUUGCGGCGCUGAGCUCAACGGCGUCGAGGAUUGGGCUAGCCAUUUCCAAGAACAGCACGUUAUUGCGCCAGAAGGAGAGCAUACCAACUAUUCCCAUGCAUCGCAACACUCUUACCCAAACCUGAUGGCGCCGAAUCGUCAGUCUGAUUACCUUCCAGGAGGUCUUCCUGACCCGGCCCAUGCUGCCCAAGAUAAAGAGUCCACCACAUCUCCUCUAUCAGGGCUCCAGGCGUCUUCAUCCCCACAACCGUCUCCGGCCACUGCACAAACCCAGCCUAGCCCUGAUAAGCCCGGGGCUGAAGUGUUUACUUGCCAAUGGGUAGUCGCCGGUCAGAUGUGCGGUAUGAGCUACCCGAACGAUGACGCUCUGCAGAUGCAUUGCAAGGAGAGACACAUCGUCAACCUUGGUAAGACAGAUGCAGGAUACAAAUGCUGCUGGGAGGGAUGUGCGCGUGAAGGGCAUUUCACGCAAAAGAGCAAGCUUGAACGUCACCUGCAGACACACACCGGCUUCAAACCGGUCAAGUGCACUAUUUGCAAUACCCCGUUGUCUGCCAAGCAGUCUCUUGCGCAGCACAUGAGGAUCCAUACUGGAGAGAAGCCUUGGACCUGCAAGUUUCCCGAUUGCAAAGCAUCGUUCAAGCAGCAGAGUGCAUUGACAAUGCACCAGCGAACCCACACAGGCGAGAAGCCACUCAAGUGCGAGGUUUGCGGCAAGGCGUUUGGCGAAUCGUCCAAUUUGUCGAAACACAGAAAGACGCAUAAUGUGAAGGGUGCUUUCAAGUGUGAUUUCUGUGACAAGGAUUUUCACAGACUGGACCAGAAACGCAGACAUGAGAAGAUUCACCGUAAGGUCGCGGAUGCGCUCAAGGCUGAUAAUUCUACUCCGUCUAUCAAAAAGACACAGGGCGGUCGAGUUACAAAGGCAGCAGAUCGAAGAAACAGUAAGUGAUCAACUUGGACAAGGUUGAUCGCUUCGCUGGUAGUUUUUGUGGUUCAAGGGGAGGCAUUUUCACAUUACGGAUGGCUUUUUCUUUGUCGACGUCUCAUGAAAUACCCUUAUAGGCUCCAAGAUUCCGGACUGGCGUUUACAUGGAGAAAUGGAUCAGGUCAGGACGGCAUAACAGGCUUUGGUGUUCAAGGCGGCGGCUAAAAGUUCAAGGGACAUGGACUUACUCUGGCUUUGGUGGGCGUGAGAAAACGCCUUUUUCCAUGACGAAUCCACGGUAGGUACGGUCAGAAAUGAGGAUAGAAUUAGUAUUGUAGUAAUACAGUACUAGCAGUAAUACAGUACUAGCAGUAAUACAGUACUAGCAGUAAUACCGUA